AUGGCGUAUCGCAAGCGCGUCGCGAUAUGGAUAGGGAUAACCCUUCUCGCCUCCACAUUAUUACUUAUUGCGGACGGAGCGGCUGGCGGCAAUGCGAAUGGUGGCGGCAAUACGAAUGAUCUACGGCACGCGAAUCAGCUCCGACCUUGCCAAAUAUACGGCACACGAAUCAGCUCCGACCUCGCCAAGUCAUCUACUGACACGUUCCCGCCCCCAACCUUCUCUCCCCCUUCACUCUCCCCUCUCCCUCCCCUUCCUCUCUCUAUUAUUCUCGUCCCCCUCUUUCCCCCCCUCCUCCCCCCCCCUCCCCACCUUCUCGUCGUUUCCGUCACGCCCUUGCUUCCGUCAAUUUCAUUUCGCAUUUCGCCCUCUGUUAAUCUCGUCGCCCCUGCCCUCCCCCUUCCCCCCCCCUCUCCCCCACUUCCCCCCCCUCUCCCCCACUUCCCCCCCCCUCUCCCCCACUUCCCCCCCCUUCCCCCUCCCCCUCCCCCUCCCUCCCACCCCGCUCUCUCCCCCUCCUUCCCCUCUCUCACGCCCACACACCUUCACGCCCUUGCUUCCUUCGGUUUCAUUUCGCUUUUCGCUUUUCACUCUGCACUCUCUCUCCCCUCCUCUGCUUCCCACUCACCAAUCCUCUUCCCCUCCUCUCCUCCGCUGUUCUCUCCUCCCCUCCCCUCCCCUCCCCUCCCGUCUCUCCCCCUCCCCUCUCCGCAUUCCCCCCUUGCCCCCUCGUGCCCCCGCCCCCCCGCCCCUCCGCUCUCCUUCCGCCCGCCAGGCGAAGACCUUCCCCGACUGCUGCACGGACUGCGCCAACACCGCGGCCUGCCACUACUUCCAGUUCUACACUCCAGAGUAGGUCUUUCUACGCAAUCCAUCGCUCUGCACCGCUCAUUCACCCUUUGCACCUCUCUGCACUGCUUUACACCGCAUUGCACCGCAAUCUGCCGCACUCCCUUGCUUCGCUGCACGAACUGCGCCAACACUGCGGUCUGCCGCACUCCCGCUACGCACUCCACCACAAUCCACCGCACUCUAACGCACUCCCUCCAUCGCGCUGCUCCGCUCUUCACAGCUCUCCACCGCAUUGCGCCACAAUCUGCCGCACUCCCUUGCUUUGCUGCACUGACUGCGCCAACACCGCCGCCUGCCACUAUUUUCAGUUCUACACGCCUGAGUAGCUCCAUUUCUUUCCCCCCUACUUUCACCUCUUCCACUUCCUCGGCACCUGUGCCCUUUUCCCUCGCCCAUCAUUUCCCCCACUCGCUCGUCCCCCCUGACUCCCCUCCUCUCCCCCCUGACUCCCCUCCUCUCCCCCCUGACUCCCCUCCUCUUCCCCCUGACUCCCCUCCUCUCCCCCCUGACUCCCCCUGA